AUGUCCGGUGGCACCAGCGGCACGAGCGCGGAGGGCAUGGCGGAGCGCGUGUCGCGUCUGUCAGCCAUAGCGGCGGCGGCAGAGAGCCUUGCGCUCGCGCUCUCGCGCCGAUUCCACUGGCCGCUGGCCCCCUCUCUCACGCCACCUCCCCGCUACAACCCACCUCUUCCCGACCAGCGCGAGAGGUCGAAAAGUGACGGCCCGCUUUCCCCUUCCGCGCCUUCCGCGCCUUCCGUGCCUUCCCCGCCUUCUCCUCGUACAGGCGGCUGCAGUGCUCGUAGCUGGGCGGGCGCGCAUAUAGAUAAGAGGCGGAGGAGGCGGCGGGGGAUAGUGGGAGGGCGGAGGGAAAGCGAAGAGAGGGGGCCGUGUGAGUGUGAGAGCGAGCAGGCGUUUUUCUACGAAGGCGCGCCCGCUGUGGUGAGAGUGGCGGGGGCAGGGGUUGGCGCAGGGUGGGGCUUGGAACUGCCGGGUGAUUUGUCCGUGGAUGCGUUACUGGCACGUGACGUGGCAGCUGACGUGGCACACGACGUGGCAUGUGACGUGGCACGCGAUGGGUCGGUGGAAGAAGCAGCAGCAGCAGCAGCAGCAGCAGCAGCAGCAGGAGGAGGAGGAGCAGCAGGGGCAACCGGACUAACAGGCUCUAGCAGAGAAGAGCUUCCCCUUCCCUCGCUCCCCCCCGCGCCCCUCUCCUCUUCCACCUCUGCCCCUGCUCUCCCCACUAUGCCUCCCCUGUCCCUCCUCGCCUCCCUCCCCCCGGCAUCCAUGGCUGCCCUUGCCUGCGCGGAAGUACGGUCGUGGCUUCACGGCCCUCCUCUCCCUACCAUGUCGCCCCUGUCCCUCCUCGCCUCCCUCCCCCCAGCAUCCAUGGCUGCCCUUGCCAGCUCAGAACCACAACAGCAGCAGCAGCAGCAGCAGCACCACCACCGCCAAAGUCUGCCCCAUUCUAUAUCUGCCAUCAGCUUUCACGUGCAGCAAGUCUCGAGUCUACAUGGCCACAAGUGGUGCCGCCACGUCAGCGCCAAGGUGGCAAAGCUGGUCGCCAGGUGUCUGCGAGUGAUUGGAGCGGAGGCACAGGCGGUGCUGCUGGCUGCAGUGAGGGGAGGGGGAGGAAGAGGAGGAGGAGGAGGAGGAAGAGGAGGAGGAGGAGGAGGAGGAGGAGGAGGAGGAGGAGGAGGAGGAGGAGGAGGAGGAGGAGGAGGAGGAGGAGGAGGAGGAGGAGGAGGAGAAACACUGGCCGAUCACGAUACAAGGGAGAAAAGAGAAGCACACGUAGCAAGAUUCUCUUUGCAACCUCCCCUUCCUCCUCUUCCCCCUCUGCCUCCCUCAGCCCGUGCCACCAUCCCAUGCCCCCUUCUCUCCCGCACGCUGCAGUGGCUGGGAGCGGUGCUGCAUAAGGGCAUUCACCGCUGCAGGGAUUGUAGAAGCAUCAGGGGUGCGUGCGGGUCCAGUAAGAGUGCAUGUGCAGAAGCAUCAACAGCAGGGGGUCCGGCGAUUGAAGAAGCGACUCAGGGAGCAGCAGCAGCAGCAGCAGCAGCAGGGGUGGAGAUUGCAUCAGGAGGGAUGGAGAUCGGUGCAGGAGUGGUGGUGGGCGUUCUUUGCUGUGCCUUGGACACUUGUACCCCUUCCUCCCGCCUUCAAGAUUACACAGCUGACGUCGCACUUUCGACAGCCAAUCGCAGCUCUCGCUCUGAUUUCCGGCCUCUUUUGGAUUUUGACGCGGUUCCUCUGGUCAAGCCGUCUCCUCUGCAGCUGCCAAGCCAUGGAAACUAUUCCACACAGCUCACCACCACAGCAGGGCAUAGGGGGAAUGUCAGGAGGCGGCGCACCAAGUACAGAUCGCAGGGGCGAAGACAAUCGCAGUAUGAGGUACGGCGCUCUAUCAUAGACACCAACAUGAAUGCAAUCGAGGAAGCAGGUGGCAUCGGCUGCUUAACUGCUGCUCCUGAACCAUUCCCUGCUUCUGCUGCUCCUCCUACCCAUCUUGCCACUCACCCUCCUCAAUCCACACAUCCUCCCAGCUCCACCCACCUUCCUCCCUCCACUCAUCCUCCUCCGUCCAACCACUUUCCGCUGGCUGCACGACAGUCCUCUUACCGGUCCCAUACUCCCGCUCCUGCUCAGAAUCCCAAGGGAGCACAAGGCAAGGUGAGAGAGCGGGAGCGGACAGGAAGCUGGGAUGAACGUGGCAGGGAUGGACGUGGCAGGGUGAUGAGAGGAGGGAGUAGAGACAGCGCGAGAGGGAGAGAGGAAAGAGAAGUGGGAGAGAAGGCACGGGAGGUGAAUCGCGAUGAGAGGUUUGGGGUAGAGAGUGGGGAGCGAAGUGGGAGUAGGAGGCAGGCAGGGAGCAUAGGAACGAGUCGAGGGGACGGUGAGAGGGAAGGAAAUGGUGCUUUGGUUGGAGAGGAAAAGGAGGGGAGGAGUGGAAGGCGGAAGUAUGAAGAUAUGAAGGAGCGGGGAGAGCAGGGGCGGGAGAAGGAGAAGCAGAAGAGAGGUGGGAGCGAAACGAGGUCAUAUGGUGAAGAGGAGUUGAGAGCGACUGGGAGGGGUGGAAGGGAAGGGAGUGGGGGAGAGAGGCGGCCUGAGUUGCUGGUUGAGCAAUGGAGCGACAGAAGUAGGUAUUUAAAAAGGGUUAGUGAUGGGUGGGAUGGGGAGAAGGAUGGUUGGAGGGAUGGUUGGAAGGAUGGGGUGAGGGAUGGGGGUAGGGAUGGGGGAAGGGAUUGUGGGAGGGAUGGUGAGAGGGAUGGUAGGAGGGAUGGUGGGAGGGAUGGUGGGAGGGAUGGUGGGAGGGAUGGGGGGGAGGGAUGGGGGGGAGGGAUGGGGGGAGGGAUGGGGGGAGGGAUGGGGGGGAGGGAUGGGGGGAGGGAUGGGGGGAGGGAGGGGAGGGAUGGGGGGAGGGAGGGGAGGGAUGGGGGGAGGGAGGGGAGGGAUGGGGGGAGGCAGGGGAGGGAUGGGGGGAGGAGUGGUUCAUGCGAUGAUGGAAAUGGUGGGAGAUACAGUGGAAGUCAUGAUGAUGAGGCGCAUGGUAGAUGUGCAAGUGGAAGACCCUGGUGGGAUUUGCAAGGUGGGCAGCAAGGAAUGGAUCAGAGUAGUCAUAUUCUCCAUCGGAGGGAUGACUCAGGAAGGCAUGGGCGCAGGGGGAUGAAAGGCACUAGUGAAGCCAAGGUGGUGGAGAGAGAUAUGGAUCGGUGGGAACCGGUUGAGGAAGGCAGUGUUCAAGGGGGGAGGUGA